AUGGAGGAAGAGAUGCAAGACAUCGCCUCGCAGCUUCACCCCAUCGACUACUUUGACGUGGUUGGUGAGGCCAUAAAUGACGUCUCGGGAACCUGCGCAGACCUCUUCGAAUCAAUGGUACUGAUCCUGGGAACCUGUGCCAUCAUUGGGGUGAAGGGCAGCCCGGUUCCUUCGUUCAACUCCGGCCUCCCUUUUUGGAUCAUUGCCUCUGGCAAGGUUGGUUGCUCUUUGGUGGCGUAUUUCGUGCACGUCCACGAGCGGUUCACUGCUCAAAGGAUUCGGUGGAGCCUGAGGGCCAACCUACUCCUUGUCAUUGGCUUGGUGCAGCUG